AUGCGCCUGAUCCACACAAAGGGCUUCUCACAAGGCGAACGUAGGCAAUGGAAAGUGACCAUCUUCAACAACUUGAUCCACGCCUUCCAAUGUAUUCAGGGCGCCAUGGAAGAGCAUGAGGUCGCUUUCGCGAACCCUCAAAACAUCAAGUCCAUGGAAGUCGUCUGCUCGGAACCGGAGAUCGGAACCGACGACCCGAUGCCGCUGGACUGCAUGCACGCUUUCAAGAACCUGUGGGACGAUGAUGGUGUACAGGGUGCCAUUGCNAAAGGUCACGAGUAUGCGCUGCACGACAACCUUGAAUAG